CGCCUCCUGCUCGGGCUCUUUUUCUCUGUUCGAAACCGGCGUGACGAGAACCAUAAAAAGGACAGGGAUUAUUUAAAGGGACAGAGUCCCGCUCUGGCCGUGCGAUGGAAACGUGGGAAAGCGACUGCACUGAGCUCCCUUUGUGAAGCAUCCCAGGGAGGAAAAAAAGCUCAACGUUGAGUCAAGAGGGCAAACUGCAGGGGAAAUAAAUGCCACAUAGACAUUGGAAAGAGCUUCCUGACUCUUUAAGAGUUGUUCAACAGUGGAACUCUCUGCUUUGGAGGCUUUUGAGCAGAAGCUGGAUGGUCAUCUGUCGGGAGUGCUUUGAUGGUGCUUUUGCCUGGCUGGAUGGCCUUUGUAAGUGAUGCAACAUGCUCAGUACCAAGCAUCGCGGCGCAUUGCCGUCUUCCUAAGCAUGCCGGAUGAGAUCCAGACGGAUGAAAUCAUCAAGGACAUUUUUCACCAAGGCAAGGACUGUUUCAUCCCACGGUAUGAGCCGCAGAGCAAUCACAUGGACAUGGUAAAGUUGGCUUCCUACGAGGAAAUUGCCUCUCUCCCUCUGACAUCCUGGAACAUCCAUCAACCUGCCGAAAACGAUGGCCGGGAAGAAGCCUUGACUGCUCCAGAGGGUCUUGAUCUCAUCCUCAUGCCAGGACUUGGGUUUGACAAACAUGGCAACCGACUGGGAAGAGGAAAGGGGUACUAUGACGCCUACCUGAGCAGGUGUAUGCAGCACCCCAAAGGAAAGCCCUACACCAUUGCCUUAGCUUUCAAAGAACAAAUGUGCGAAGCCAUCCCCACAUCCGAAAAUGACGUGAAAGUUGAUGAAAUCCUGUGCGAUGAAAGUAAAGGCUGAUCACUUUAAUAAACGACUCUGAUGAACAGAUGAUAAUUUUUGAAAAUGGAUUUUGAAAGGUCCUUAUUCACCCUCAUUGUUGCGAUACUGAGUGUGAACUGCUAUGCGUGAAUGGCUUUCCACAAGACUUAAUAGUUUCAUUGAGUGUAGAAUAAUCAUGAUUUAAAAUAAAGAAAUACUAUAUUUCUGUUCACUAGAA